AUGAUAAUGAAUACAAAUACUAAUAGAAUAUUCGAACAUCUAAACAUAUUUUCUAUUGAUUAUUAUAUAAAACAACAACAUCAACAGCACUAUAAUGAGAUUGACAUAAAUAUAACAUCAGAUCAACACGACAAAAAUUUUCAAUCAAAUAUUAAAGACGAAAAAAACGAUUCUUAUGUUGAUAAUCAUUUAAUAACGUCAUCUAAUUCAACAGAUAAUAUUGAACAACCAUUAUUAAUUGUUCUUGAUGAAGAUGAUAUACAGAGUGAUGAUGAACAUGAACAAAUUAAUGUAAUAACAACUAAUAUUAAUGCAAAAGAUAAUCUAUCUAAUAAUCACGAAUAUGAAAUAAAUCUUUCAAAUAAAAAAUCAUUAACAGAUAGACAAAUUUUAAAUAAAUCAAAAACUUCAUUUAAAUAUUCCAAACUUUCUCGUCAUACUCGAAAAUCCCAUUUAAAUCCAUUAAUAAACGAUCAUAAUCGUCAAAUAUCGAAUAAAUUUUUUCAAACUUUUUUUAUUGAUACCGAUUUUAUGCGACAAACGCAUUAUCAACAAAAUCGAAAUCGAUUAAUAUCACGUCGUAAAAAUUCACAUAAAUAUCUAUCAUCACCAACAAUGUCGAAUAAUAUAAAUUCAAAAAAUCUUACUAUUAAUGAAAAUUCACAAAAUUUAUCAUCAACUGAUUCAAUAUUAUCAAAUAUAUCAUUUGAUAAUAUAUCAAAUAUAUUAACUGUUUCACGUAUGGGUUCAAUAUUUUAUUGUUUAGAAGAUUUAUAUACGAAAGUAUUUUCAUCAUUAUGUACAUUAGAUGAAUUUAUUAAUUUAUUAUUAAAAUCUGAACUUAUUAUUAUAAAACAAGUAACAUUAUCUGAAAAAAUAUCUAUUGAACAACAGAUGCCAUCAUUAAAAAAAUUUCAUGAUAGUCGUUAUCGUCUUAUAUCAAUAAAUUCAUCAGAUUAUUUAUUAAAAUUAAAACAAUUACUUCUAACAUCUACAAAUUUAAAUGAAAAUGAAUGUCAACAACGUGAAAAAUAUAUCAAUCAAAUAAUUGAUGAGAUGCGUAGUUAUAGACGAACGCCAACACCUGUUCUAUUAAAGGACAAAGUUUCACAUUCACCAAUGGCUACGAAACGUCUUUCAUCGGAUGAUGAUGAUGACGAUGAUGAUGAUGAGGAACAUGAUGCCGAACCUCGAAAACGCUUGAAAAUUGUUACAAAAAAACCAAAAUCAAAUGAAACACCACCGUUAGCACCAACACAAUUUGGAAUAUUUAUACAAUGUAAUGGUCCAGUGAGUUGUAAUAUAUUUUCAACAAAUGAAACUGUUUCAUCAACAACAACAACAGCAACAGCAGCAACAGCUAGUGCAGAAACGACAGCAACAGCAGCAACAUCAACAACAACAAUUGCAACUAGUGAAUCUGAAAUUAUAUCAAAAUCUACAAUAAUAAAAAAACAAAAUGAAAAUACCCAUAUGUAUUUUGAUAAAUUUCAUCAACAAUAUCAAAAUAUAUCAAGAUUUAAUUUAAUUAAUGAACAAUCUAUUCAAAAAUCUACAAAUUUAAAUCGAAUAAAUUCACAAAAUCCUACAGAUGAUACUCAUAUAAAUAAACAAUGUUCAUCAUCAUCAUCAUCAUCAUCAUUGUCGUCUGUGAUGAAUAUGCCAAAAAAAUGGCGUAUACUUAAUUCAUAUAAUAAUGAUAUUCAUGAUACUUCAAGUACAACAAAAAUUCAUAUACCAACAUUAUCAACAAAUCAUUCACGUUGUUUAUAUCGUUCAAAAUCUUUUACAUAUAAUAAACAAUUAAAUAAAAAUCAUUUACGUCGUUCAUCUAGUUUAACAUUAAUAACAUCUUAUAAAAAAGAAAAUUUUUUAACAAUUAAAAAAUUUCUAACAAGAAAUAAUAAUACAAAAUUAAAUACUAAAUCAACAACAGCAGAACCAAUCGAUUUAACUGAUGAAAGUUAUUCAAUGCCAAUGAUUGUUAAUGUUGAAGAAAAUGUUGAACUUGCUAAUCAACGACAUAAAAUCAAAAAUCGUGAACGACGUACACCUCCUACUAUUGUAUCACGUUCAAUAUCACAUAUACCUAAUCCUUCAAUAUUAACUAAACCAACACCUAUUCAUCAUCCAAUUCCAUCAUCUUCUUAUCGUACAUCACCAUAUGAUGUUUAUCAUCAAAAUUCUUAUACAUAUCGUGAUCCAUCAUCAUCAGCUUCUAUACCACAUUCAUAUUAUCAUCCAACAACACACCUAAAUAAUGGAAAUCUUUAUUCAUAUCCAUUUUCUUCUUCAAUACAAUAUCCAACAAUGAAAAAAUCUAAAGAAUUACCUAUAACAACUUGUUAUGAUAUUCAAUCAAAUUCUGUUACAUUACCUUCUUCAUCAUCAUUAUCAAAUCAUAAUAAUAAUAAUAACAAUAAUAAUAAUAAUAAUACUAAUAAUUAUAAUAAUAAUUUAUCAUCAUCUGUUGUUAUGCCUAUUGUUCGAAAACCAAAUUAUUAUCAUCAAUUAACACCUGAACAACAAGCAUCAAUUAAAAUGCAAACAUCAUCAAUAUCAUGUCGUUUACCUUGUUGUUUUCCAUCAUCAGCUAUACAAUCACAACAUUCAACAGAUAAAUUAACACCAAAUGAAAGACUUAUCUAUCGACAAUAUACAAUUCCACCAUCAACAACACAAACAUUAAAACGUGAUCCAUCACAAACACCAGAUAUUCAACAUUCAUCACCAACUAUUAAUCGAAAACAACGUCGUAUUGAUUCUAUACCAACAACAUCAACAACACCAUAUUUACCUUAUCCAUCACCAAAAUCAUAUUUUGUUCCACCAGCACCGCCAUCUUCCGCAUUCUCAUCAUCAUCAUCACAUUGGCCAUCAACAUCUCCUUCAAUAACAACAGCAAAUCCAAAUAUAAAUCCAUCUAUGCGUUAUCCAUAUCCACCACCGCCAAAUACACCGAUGAAUGGAAUGGCAUUACGUAAAACUGAACCUUAUCCUCCACCACGUCGUCCAAUACCUAUACAAUCACGAGUACCAUCAACAACACCUAUUGUUGCACAAAAUUCUUCAAUAUUAAUUAGUCCACCAAAUACACCACAUGAAUUAACAUUACCUAAUAUUCGUGCACGUAGUAUUGAUUUACAACGAGCUAUUAUUGAACGUGGUUAUUGUGAUAUGGAUAAAUUACCUAAACUUGUUGUACGACAUACAAAAAUUUAUACAAAUAAAACAAUUGAUACAAUGGGACAAUUAUUUCCAACAUGGUUUAAUGAACCUGAUUAUCGUUGUAUACAUUGUUUUCGUUGUGAUCAAGUAUUUACACCACAACAAUUUAUGACACAUGUUGAUGAUGAACAUAUGCAAAAUGAACAACCAUUAAAUAUGACAUCAAUACAAUUAUUAACAUCAGAAAAAAUGUCUGAAUAUAAAGUUGGAUUAUGGAAUCAAUUUUGUACAAAUCUUACUACCUAUGCAAGAGAUGGUCGAAUCGGUGGUUUUUCAACGAACAGAAGCAUAUAA